AUGGUUAUUGAUUUAGGUAAAGAUAUUAAAAUAAAAGGUGUAGAUUUUUCAAGAAUUUGUUAAAAUGAAAAAUUAUUUGAAAAAUGGUUUAUGUCUUUUAUUGAUUAUUAAUUUGAAACACUAAUAGCUCAUUUAAUUAAAAAAAAUGAAGAAACAAUGGUUUAAGAAGUUUGCCUCAGAUAUUGGUUUUUUCUAAUUAAAUUUAAGAAAAAUUAAAUUAAAGCUUUAUACUAAAAUAAAGUUAUGACAACUUUAAUAAAAAAUAAAAAUACAUUUUUUUCUACUGUUGAAAGAAGUCUUACUAAUUUAAUAGAAAAUAGAUUAAAGGAAAGAGAUAAAGCAUAUAGUUAUUCUUAUAAUUAAAAAGAUAGGAGCAACGCUUUUAAUAAUAUAAAAUUUGAAAAAAUGGUUCUAUCUGAAUCAAGUAAAGACGUCCUUAAGAAAUUUCUUGGAAAUUUAAUUAAAUAAAAAAUUGAGUUAAUAGAAAAAAUGAUUAAAGGUUAUACUUCUAUUAAUAUUAUGAAAUCUGAUAUUAUUAAUUUAUUAGAAAAAAUUACUAAUGUAGAAAACGGUAUGUAAUAAAUGAUACAAGAACAUAACGAAAAUAUUUAUUUUAUGAAAAUGUAUGCUUUAAUAAAAUCUUUUAUUGUUUUCGAUCCAAUAACUACCCGAAAAAUAGAAAAUGACUUAUAAGAUUUAUAUAAUAAAGAUAAAACUGUUGAUUCUAAUACUAUUACUUCUUUAACUGUAUUAUCAGGAAAUGUAGGAAGUGUGAUUGCAAGCUUUAAAAGCGAAAAAGACUCUGGUAUAAUUCUUAAAUAUAGUGAAAGAAUUCCUUAAAUAUUUGGUUAUCAAAGAGGCGAAUUUCAAUUAAAAAACAAAGUAGUUGAUUUAAUACCUGAUUGUAUAGCUGUUUUACAUGACUCGUUUUUAUAAAGACUUAUAUAAACUGGAAUUGCAAAAACUGUGAGAAGCUAUAGGACUAUGUUUGCAAAAAAUAGCAAUGGAUUUAUUUUCCUUUGUAAGCUUUUUAUUAACUAUUAUUUCCUAAUAUAAGAAGAUUUUGUAUUUUCAGCCAUGAUUAUUAAAGUCUAAACUUAAAGCCAUUUUAUUAUACUUAAUGAUUCAGGAUAUAUAGAAGAUUUGUCUUAAGGAUUUGUAGAAAUUAUGGGGGCAACAGGUAUUGAUAUAUCUUAUUUGAAAUAAUGCCAUAUAGGAAUUUUUAUACCAUAAUUUUUGGAUUUUAUCGAAAAUUAUAAUCCUAAAGAAGAUUAUGCUUUUUUAAAAUUUAGAACUGAUUUUCCUUAAGAUAUUAACAAUUUCGUUACUUAAUUUUUGAAUCAUCAUAAGAGCUUUUAUAAAAAAUGGAAUGUUGAUAGAAAUACUUGGAAAAUAAAUUUAAAUACUUUUAUUAAAGGUAGAAGGGCUAAUUGUUAAAGCUUUGAAUCUGUAAUAAAUAUUAAAAUUGAAGAAUUUGAAGGUAUAAAAUAAACUGUGAGGCUGUUUAUUGUAGAAGUUGAAAAACUACUCCCUUGGGAUGAAGUUAAUAUGUCUUUGAGUAUGAGUAAAAGAAUACUUGUAGUAAUUGCAAGAAUGACAGAUGAUGAAGCAGAAAAUAUAGUGAUAGGUUUAUAGUUUAUCAUUCAAUAGUUGAAUUCUAUUAAUGAUGAUUAUUUACAUAUUGAUUUUAGUAAUUAUAAUAAUAGAGAAGAAUAAAUCAAUUAAUCUAAUUAGGGAUAGUAAAAGAAGAGCAAAAAACAAAGAAAAAAUAAUUAUUUAGCUGAAAGAAUUGGUAAUCUUUAAAUUAAUUUUAACACGUUUUUCUACAUUCUAAUGUUUUUAUGUUUACUUUCUACAGGUUUUUUUUUAUCAGUUUUUGGUUUUAUGCAAUAGUUUCCUAAUACUUUUGGACCUCCUUAAGAAAGAUAUAGGAAAUAUUUAGAGUCAUCUUUAUAGUUAUCUACUUUGUUUAGCACUCAUAAUGUAAUUCUGUUAAAUUAAUAUUUUACUUUAAUAAAUAAUGGUGUAUCUAUUAUAUAGGAAAAUAAAUAAUAAGAAUUAAAAAAUUUAAGAGAUGAUCUUUUACUCAUUACAUCAUAGUUUUUUACUUUUGAUUAUAUUGAUAUUUCUUUAGAAGGUUCAGGAGAAAGUUUUAAAUAGAUUAUUUAUGAAAUAAAUACUGGAAAUACAUGUGAUUAAAAAUAUUUUAGGUAAUAACAUCGAGAUAUUUGUAUUGAGAAUCUAUAGGGAUUAUUUAAAAGAGGUUUAACUAAUUACUAUUAGAAGAUUAAAUGA